AGGAUGCUGGAGGGCCCAGGGGCGGAGGAGUCGGAGCUGGGCUCUGAAGAGCCGUGUGUGGAGUCCUGCCACGCGCAGCGCGUCCUGCAGACUCUCAACGCGUACCGGCGGAGCGGCACCCUCACCGACGUGGUGCUGCGCGCUGGCGGCCGUGACUUCCCCUGUCACCGCGCGGCGCUCAGCGCGGGCAGCGCCUACUUCCGCAGCCUGUUCGCGGCCAGGCAGCUGGAGCGCGUCCUGACCUUGGUGCCAGUGGUGCCGGUGGUGCCGGUGGUGCCGGUGACGCCUGAGGCGCCGGGCGCUGGACCCGCCGGGGCGGCGUCGGCGCUGGCCGUGGUGCUCGACUACGUGUACGGCGCGGACGUGCGGCUGCGCGCGGAGGAGGAGGCGGCCGCCGUGCUGGCGCUGGCCGAGCGGCUGGGCGUGGCGGGCCUGCGCGACGCCUGCGCGAGCUUCCUCGAGGGCCGCCUGCGCGCCGCCAACAGCCUGGCGCUGCGCCGCGUGGCCGCCGCCUUCUCGCUCACCUCGCUGGCCGAGCGCUGCGGCCGCGUGCUGCGCCAGGCCUUCGCUGAGGUGGCGCGCCAUGCCGACUUCCUGGAGUUGGCGCCCGACGAGGUGGCGGCGCUGCUGGCGGACCCGGCGCUGGGCGUGGCGCGCGAGGAGGCCGUGUUCGAGGCGGCCAUGCGCUGGGUGCGCCACGACGCGCCGGCCCGCCGCGGGCAGCUGCGGCGCCUGCUGGAGCACGUGCGCCUGCCCCUGCUGGCGCCCGCCUACUUCCUGGAGAAGGUGGAGGCUGACGAGCUGCUGCAGACCUGCGGAGAGUGCCGCCCGCUGCUGCUCGAGGCUCGCGCCUGCUUCAUCCUGGGCCGCGAGCCCGGAGCUCUGCGGGCCCGGCCUCGGAGAUUCAUGGACCUAGCUGAAGUGAUCGUGGUCAUUGGCGGCAGCAAUCGCAAGGGGCUCCUGAAGCUGCCCUUCGCCGACGCCUACCAUCCAGGGAGCCGGCGCUGGACCGCACUGCCCACCCUGCCGGGCUACAUGCGCUCAGAGUUCGCCGCCUGUACUCUCCGCAAUGACGUCUACAUCUCUGGAGGCCACAUCAACAGCCGUGAUGUGUGGAUGUUUAGCUCUCAUCUGCACACCUGGGUCAAGGUGGCCUCGCUACACGAGGGCAGGUGGAGGCACAAGAUGGUGGUUGUGCAGGGGCAGCUGUUCGCGGUGGGUGGCUUUGAUGGCCUGCAGCGCCUGCGCAGCGUGGAGCGCUAUGACCCCUUCUCCAACACCUGGGCAGCUGCAGCGCCUCUCCCCGAGGCCGUGAGCUCGGCCGCAGUGGUGCCCUGCAGGGGCCAGAUCUACGUGAUUGGGGGAGCCAGGCAGGACGGCAUCAGCACCAACAAGGUGCAGUGCUUUGACCCAAAGGAGGACCGGUGGAGCCUGCAUCUGCCAGCACCCUUCUCACAGCGGUGUCUCGAGGCCGUUUCCCUCGAGGACACCAUUUAUGUGGUAGGGGGCCUCAUGAGCAAAAUCUUCACCUAUGACCCUGACAGAGAUGUCUGGGGGGAGGCAGCUGUCCUCCCCAGCCCUGUGGAAAGCUGUGGCGUGACUGUGUGUGAUGGGAAGGUCUACAUCCUUGGAGGGCAGGAUGAUCUUGGGGAAAGCACCGACAGUGUCUUCACCUUUGACCCCAGCAGUGGGCAGGUGGAGGCCCAGCCAUCCCUGAAGCGCUGCACCAGCUCCCAUGGCUGUGUCACCAUUGUCCAGAGCCUGGGCAGGUGACACAGACUUGGAUAGCCUGAGUCAGGAGUCAAAGAGAGGGAGGCAGAACUCAGGCCCACCACUGCUCCCCGCAUGGCACCUCCAUGUAAAUAGCCCCUUUGCUGCCCCCCUUUCUUGUAGAAAUAAAACCUCCUUCAAAGGUUGGGUCUGUGUUCCAGCUUGAGCCUGCUUUGCCUGCAGAAGUAUGCCCAGUACCUGCUCCCUGCUUUGACUCUUCACAAAGCUCCUUCAUAUGCUACCUCAUUUACCUUAAUAGCAGCAAUGUGGACAUUU